AUGGGAUGGUACGCCCCCCGCUAUCGGGAACUGGCCAAUCACAUCAAAGCAGCCGUUCCUGAUGCGGAAGUCAUGGGAGUUGUCGGGAGAUCAAGCUCCUUUGAGAUCACAGUGGAUGGGCAACUUCUCUUCUCUAAAUUGGAGUCAGGAGGUUUUCCUGAAGAAAAGGAGAUUCUUGAAGCGUUGAGCAACUACAAGGAGGGGGACAAGGUUGAACAAGUCACCAACAUCCAGUUCCCCGGUUGCACCAUUCUGUAACUAGCCAAUCACAGAGCAGCACUGCCAUAUCACCUCAUCACCAAGCCAAUAGGAAGUCACCUGAAGGUAUGUCUCAACCAAUCAGGUGGCAUCUCACCACCCAGCCAACAGGGAUGCAGCAAAUGGCAUAUUUCCACCAAUCAGGCUGCAACUCCUCACCCAGCCAAUGAGAAGUGAUGUGUCAUUGACCAACCAAAGUGCUGCUAGACACAGAUGGACCAACCAGAUAGAGCCUUGCCUCAACCUUUUGAAUGAAGCUUUCUGUCUUCACUUGACUUUGUUCCUUUACAAAUCUCGGCAAUGACGGAGAAAGUUUAAAGGUUUAUUGACUUUGUCCUGAUGAAUUAAGAGAGAGGUAAGGGAAAGAAGUUGAAAAAAAAUGGAUUGCUUCAAGCAUUUUCAGGGAUUUGUACACAAAGACAAUCUGAAAUACUGUACAAUAUAUGUGCAUGAAAGACAUACAAAGAUCUGACUUACAAUGCAUCAUGCAACUACAGCAACCCUCUCUUAUUAUGGUUUACCAUUUUUGGAUCAGUCAACAUUCAUGUUGGAAAGAAAUGUAAUGUCAUUAAGAAUGUAAGAAUGUGCAUGACAAAGAUAUUUCACUGUUAUUUAUACUUGGCAUCGGGGUUUCUCUAAGUGAUCAGUGUCCAAAAUGUUAUAAAUAUCACCCUU